AUAGGGUUUGAAGCUCCAUUUUUGAAUUAAGGAAAAACAUGGACCAAUUAUAUUGCCACGCGCUAUAUCCCUCCAUUCAGAUAAACCUGCUUUCUAGGGGGUCUCGAUGCACAUCUAGUUAUGCAAAUGUUGAUAAAUACCACCGCAGAAUUUAUAUCAUUGAAGACUCAGUAAAUUACAGAGACUGCAAUAACACUAUUAUCACAUAACUGAUCAAUAUACAAUGUUUACUUCGAAAUAAUAGCUUCUGUAUAUCUCUAUGUCCAAACAAAUUGUUCUCAUUUUCUGCUCAAGGUUGGCUACCACAUUUAUUUGAAAAGUAAUACAAGUUGGUUCUAAGAAGUUUUAUUAAAGACGUCAUAAAAGUCUGUGCAAAUCGCAGAGAGAGUCUGCGAAGCACAACGCGGCGGUAUCGGGUAACAAAAAACAAGAGCAAAGUUAAAUAACUCAUGAAAGCAGCUCCGUACGAUGAAAAUAAAAUACAAUUUCAUCUUAGUUCGCUCGUAAAAACCGUUCAACGGUUUAACCGACGAAGUGAAUCGUCAGCUUUUUUCGAGAAGGGAUAAUGUCAUAAUUAAAAUGAAUAAUAUGUUCGCGACACUGUUCUUGUUUCUCGUCUAAGAGAUUACGGUUGGGUACAGAAGGGACUCUACGUCACUUCCUGAGGAACACGGUCACGAGAAAUUGCGGUCUACGAAAGAACUCGAUAAAGCCGCAAACCGCACGAUUGUCCUUGAUAACCGGGUAAUGUAUUUCAGUGAAAUACUUUCCAUUUGUCAUCUCCGUCGAAAGGGAUAACUACGUUAUUUCCGUGAGAAGCUUAUUUUGCAAGUGUCAUUUAUCCAUUCGCGGAAACCAACAUUUUAUUUACAAUAAUAUUCUACGAAUUGUACAAAUAUUUACGAAAUAAGCAACUACAUUGUUCACAAAUAAAAAGGAAUUUUUUAUCCAGUAACAAUUUGUUAUGAUAUUAACUUCGACCUAUACUGCAUAACACAAAAUCAGCACACUGUAUUGAAAUGUUAAUAACAUACACAUUUAACAACUUUAUAAUUUAUUAUUACAGUUGAGAUGUCUUUAGAGUCCAAAAUAUUUCAGAAAAUGUAAAAUAAAAUCAUCGAUUGCACCUGAAAGUUAAAGAUGUAAACAGAAAGUUAGUAGAGAAGAUUGGCAUGUGUUCAGACAGUAUACAAUACAGCAGGAUUUUAUUAAUUCCGAAGACGCAUAUUGAGUGUUCGAAUAAAGAGAAGACAAAGGAGACAAGUUUCCAUGUAACCCUUCAUCUUCUCCCUCCAAUUAUCGAAACGCGACUUUGAUGGCAUUUCAAUCGCCACGGCGCCUGUAUUACGCGAAGCACGAAGAAUCUUUCGUGUUAAGAAGGGUUCGCACGCGCCCUUUGUUCGUCGAUGCGUACACGCGCUUCGUUUGCAUAAAACGCGUGGAUGACUCAGUGUCGCCUUGCGUUGUAUAGUGUGAGCAUAACGCAAUGAACGCACCUGCUUUAAAUUCAUUGGCGUAACUAUUAUAGAUAGGAACUGGGGUGGUCCCCACUUCACGCGCUUAAAAAUAUGGACCUCCCCAUUUGGCUUAAAUUAGGUUAUUUAGCUUGCUAAUAAAAUAUACUUUAUACUUAGUAAUAGGAAAAUACAAAAAUUUAAAAAAUUAUGAAGGUUCAAAUUAUCAAGUAUGUAAAUUCUCAACUCCCAAAAUAUUCAAUUUCUAAGUUCUAACUUCUUGGAAUUUUAAAUUCCUAAACUUCUACAUUCUCACUUUGCUAAGUUCUCAAAUUUCUGGAACCUCAAUUGCAAGAUUUCCAAAACCCUGAUUUCCAAAAUUCCUCUUAAUUUAGUGUGUACCUGUCGAUAGACGUAGAGUCUAUCAAACAUCCAGCAAAAAAUUCGCGUUACGCCAGUGUAUAUCCUUUCUUCCGGCCCGUGAAUUUUCUAACGCGCCUGCAAGCCGUGGUCAUCGGCAUUAGACAGUCGAUAUUCCCGCCUCGUGCGACCGGAACAAUGAAAAUCCAGUGGAAUACAAUGCGAGUCACGGCGGCCAUGCGGACACGCGGCCUCGCCUGUAUGUGUCUCAGAAUGUCUCACACAAAGACGAAAAGGCGGAAACAUCGGAGACGAUAAUAACAGAAAGAAAAGGAAUCAAUAGCCAAGAAUCAAAAAGGAGAAAAGAAAGGAGUAGCAAAGGAAUCGACGAUAAAGCAAAGGGCAGAGCAACGUGCACGCAUGAUUUACGUGCAUGGACGAUCGGCUGCAUAAUUUAUCGACGGAUCGAGGGCGCAUGCGCCGUUGCCCCGUACGCGAUUACGCAUGCGCCGUUGCCUCGUACACGAUUACGCAUGCGCACUGACCAAGAAUACGCAGCCUCUGCGCAAUCGAUCACUGUCCACCUCGACCGAUGACGUUAAUGAGGACGAUCGGUACUUAGCGAUACUUUAACCUGAGCCAUUGCGGCCGAUUACGUGUGCCGUUUGUUUGUGCAACGGAGAAAUCAUCUAUCGUAGCAUUUUCAGUUCAAAUAAUGACCACCGAUCGAUAAAGAUCCGCAACUGUGUCCGGGAAUUAAAACGAAUCCGGAAAAUGUUAUCUCGUUUCGUACAACCGUCAACAAAUAAAUCGACGUGCACCUCUUCGCAGAAUAAAUCGCACGCGAUCUUUAUUUGUUUAGCAGUCGCGAAUGAGACGUAUGUACGCGCAGGAACGGUCGUCGAAAAACACGGGAGGAAACCACGAUCGAUCAAUGUCAUUCUACAUGAUCACACGGAUGAGCAUGAUUGGCACACCAGUUCACCGCGGUAGCUGUUUCAAACGUUCACGAGGGAGAAAUAAUCUGUUUACCGGAAAGAAUUAUGGCGAGGCGUGAGCUUUCGCACGGAAGUGGUCAUUGAACGACAGACGUUCGUUUAAUGGCCUUGCGACGGCGACAGAAUGCAAGUAGUAAUUGAACACCGUGCUGAAGCGGGUAUCAAUCCUGCGGUUCGUUCAUCAAAGAUUAUUUUACACUUCGCUAUAUAUUGCCGUUUGUAGGUGGACAUGUGCUAGAGGGGAGCUGUGUGCGAGGAGUGAGGACAGUUUUAUGGAGAGAAGAGUUGAGGGAUUUGGGGAUUUGGAGAGGUGGAAAUUGGAGAAUUUGAAUUUUUAGGGAUUUGGGAUUGGGGGAU